AUGGAUGGUUUGCAAGGAUCCAGUACGAACGUUAACCUGAAACGGAGGAGCAAUUUCCUGACGCUGGUGGAGAAGGUUCGCAUAAUUGAAGAUUUUGAAGCAGGAGGUGGUACGCAUGACUUUCUUGGGAAGAAGUACGGCGUAGGAUCUUCUACGGUCACGAGAAUAAUCCAAAAGAAAGAACAAUUCACGUUCCCUUUGCUGGAAGAAGCUCUUUACAUCUGGAUUUUAAAGCAGCGGCAGUCCAACAUUUUGUUGACAGUGGAUAUUCUUAAAGCAAAGGCGGAGCUGCUGUUUAAGAUGUUCCAGGACCGGGGGCUCUAUGCGGUGCACGGUUUUUCUGCUUCGGAUGGCUGGAUGCAUCGUUUUAAGCAGCGGUUUGGAUUGCGCGUGAAAGCCGUAACAGGAGAAAAGGCAUCGGUAAACGUUGAAGCGUACCUAAAUUUCAAGAAGGUUCUACAGAAGAAGAUUCAGGAAAUGCAGCUAUCACUAUCCCAAGUCUUUAAUGCAGAUGAAUCUGCCUUGUUCAUCAAGCUCCUAGCCACACGCUCUGUCGUUACCUGUGAUGAGACCGUGGCAAGCGGACGGAAGCAAAACAAGACAAGGUAUACGUUUAUGCCUUGCUCCAACAUAGAUGGUUCCCUAAAGCUUCCGUUGUAUUUCAUUUGCACUGCUGCAAAACCACGAGGAAUCAACAUCGAAGAACUUCCCGUUUCAUAUAAUCAUUCCAAAAAGGCUUGGAUGACCAGACUGUUGUUCCGUCAAUGGUUCCACGAAGAGUUUGUCCCCGCUGUUCGAAAAUUUUCGGCCGAGAGAGGAUUGGAGCCAAAGGCAUUGCUGGUUCUUGAUAAUUGCACCAGUCAUUAUGACGUUGACGAAUCUCUACAGAGUGACGAUGGACUGAUUCAAGUGAUCUACUUCCCACCAAAUGUAACUGCUGAAUGCCAGCCGAUGGACCAAGCGGUCAUCAAUGCAAUCAAGCGAAAGUAUAAAAGAAAACUGAUGCUCGCAUUAAUUCUGGAAAACGAACACUUAAGUUUCGAAGAACGAUUGAAGAAGAUUAAUCUUCAACAGUGUAUUUCGUGGUUGGCAACCUCUUGGGAGGAGAUAUCUGACAAAACUAUACGUAAUUCGUGGAAGAAAUUGAUCGAUGGUUUGCCGGAGACUCGAAAGCGGCCGAUGAUGACUUCAAAGCGCUUGUGUCCAGGAUUGACAGUUUGGCAGGAACAAAAACAUCUGAGCAAGAUAUUGAUCUGUGGAUCAAAGAUCAGGUGUAUGAUGCUGAUCAUAAUCCAGAUUGGGUAA